AUGUCACAAGCAGAAGAAGAAGCUCUUGUAACCGGAACAAACAAUGAAGGACCAGAGUCAAAGAAACGGUCCAGCCAGCCCGAGUUGGCAUUCCGAGGUGUUCGUAGACGAAGUUGGGGUCGUUUCGUCUCUGAGAUUCGCUUACCAAAGAAGAAAACCAGAGUCUGGCUCGGUUCGUUCGUGUCACCGGAGAUGGCCGCUCGUGCCUACGACUCGGCGGCGUUCUUCUUGAGAGGCAAAGCGGCUACACUCAACUUUCCCGAUUCAGCAGGUUCGCUCCCUCAACCCCUCUCGUCGUCACCCAGAGAUAUACAGUUGGCCGCCGCCAAAGCCGCUCUCGAUCUGGGGACGAACGAAUGCCGGAAGGAGACGGUCCAACCGGGAUCUUGCUCUGGUUCUGGUUCAAAUUUGGAUCAUUGGUGGGGACAAGAUGAGGAGCUUAUGAAUUUGUUGGAGGACGUGAAAGAAGCGCCUCUUCACAGUCCGUUCAGGUUAGAUUCAAUGGCUACAGAUUUCUUUUCGGGCGAAAUUCGUGAUGAAAACGGGUUUCUCGUAUCGUCUCUUCAAGAGUGGUGAUUUGAUAAUGA